AUGGAUUCUCCAGAAUCUCCCAGCUCGGUCGGCGGCGGCGACGGCCCGCAAGCCGGAUCCCCCGGUUCUCAGAAGAGCGGAAUUCCGAGUGCCCCAAAGACCCGGACCACUCGAGGGAAAUACAUUUCCAAGGCCUGCUUUGAGUGCCGGAAAAGAAAGAGCAAGUGUAAUGGCAAGAGCCCUUGUUUCCGUUGCGCUCGUCAGGCAUUGACCUGCGCAUACCCGGCCUCGAAGAAACCACGCAAAGACAGAGGGAAUAGCGCCGAUACCGAUGCUCAAGCUAUCCAGUCUUUAAGGGAUCAAGUAGCUUCUCUGCAAGGAGGCCUGGAUCAGUUACGACGGCACCAGUCUCAGCAGCCGUCGGAAAGCCAGUCAAGCCCUCUCCAUUCUGAGGUUGCACCAACAGUGCUCCAAGAUCUCCCGGUCCCAUUGGGCAAUCCGGAUGAUCAAGUAGUGGACCCAGCACUUCAACCGGACCCCAUUGUCGUAGAUGUUGAAUCCUCCACUAGCCAAGACGAGCCGCAACCAUCCGCCAGUUACACCUUCAACAUCAGUCUUGCAAGAACACAUCUGCGGGCACGGGGCAUCGGCACCGCCGAUCACGAGACCGGCGGGAUGCCCGGAUCUGUUAAUCCAACUCGUCCGCCUUCACCAUCCAUCCAAACAGCCUUUGGGUUAGACGUCGGGUCAAUAGAUCCUUUGUGGCUAAUCAACGAAGAGGAAGCUGUAAGGUUAUGUAAUGUGUAUGAAGAAGAGAUUGGCAUUCAGUACCCCUUCCUCGACAUUGGGUGGCUUAUCGAACGAGUUCGAAGCCUUUACCAUGCCAUGAACAGCGGUUCUCGCCUUGGGUUUGCCUUUGCCGCAAUCCCAGGGCCGACAAUUAUCGAUCCUCAAGAUCUAAGCUUGGUUAAGAUGGUGCUAUCUACAGCCUUGACUGUAGAAGCUGGAGGCUCAAGUCAACUUGGCAGGUCCCUAUUUCUCGAUGUGAGGAAAUCAUCACACGAUAAGCUCUGGGAAUCGGCGAGCAUCAAGUCGACUAUGCUCUACAUCUUACUCGCUGUUUAUAGCUUUAUGACUGGUGAUGAUUUGCAAGCUUGGAGACUUGUCGGCAUUGUUGCCCGAUGGUGUUUGGAAAUGGGCCUUCAUCAGUCAGCAACCAUUAGCAAAACCUUCAAGGAUGCCGGGAAACGUAAGAUGGCCAUGCGGCUAUUUUGGUGUGUCUAUACACUGGACCGGCGUUGGGGCUUUGGCGCAGGGCUGCCCUUCGUGAUGCAUAACUUCGAUGUUGACCAGCAAUUACCAGAACCUGAUCAAGAUGUUCCGUAUCUCAGAGCCAUGGUAGAGUACAGCCGAAUUGGCGACAAGGUUUGGGCGACAUCGUACAACUCAGCAAGAGCAACUGGCGCCAUCAGAGAUGACGAAAUUUCCUACCUGUUGUACCGCAUAGACCAAUGGUAUGAAGACCUUCCAGAAGACUUGAGGCUAUCUUCGAAUGAGCAGACGGCCAGUCCCAAUACGAACUCUACGACAUCUAGAGGUCUUCAACGGCUACAAGUCUUGCUUCAUCUGCGAGCCAACCAGAUGAAGAUCCUUCUUCUCCAACCUUUUCUCCACUCAACAUCCAGUCUCAAGUCAAACAAAUCCAAGGUCCAGUCACUCGUCAACCUAGCCAAGGACACCAUACAGAUGCUCGACUCUCUUAAUAAAUCAACAGACAUCUACCAGAACCAACAAAUGUGCUUCAACCAUUUCCUCGUCUCCGCUCUCGGAGUCAUCUUCCUAGUCGUGGCGCUGUCGCCAACGGAACAUGGCGCUUCGGUCCGCGAUGAGUUCCACACCGCACUGGACUUGAUCAGGGGUCUCAGCGCCAGAUCCUACGUCUCAAGCCGACUCUGGAGGAGAAUAAGCGACCUGCGGCUCGCGUGGCGAAAGCUGGGAUUGAAUGCUCCUCAGUCUAGGGAAGCCAGAGAGCCUAGUACGCAGCAGGGCAACGCGCUGGUCACGCCACCCACCUCAUCUGGAGGGAUGGACAUUCCACCUGGAAGCGUGCCGACAGGUGUCGAUGAUGGGUUGCGCGGCCCAGAGCUUGAUGCAUGGCCAGCGGGUUCGGGUGAGCCUUUCACCGAGGCUCAGAUGGCGCAGGAGCUGAAUGACUUUUUCAACUCGAUAGAUGGCGGGGGAGACUUUGGGAUUCCUUUACCCGUUUUGGGUACCGACGGAGACGGCCUCGACCCAGAGAGAGGUCCCGAAGAUGCGUUUCUUGUGGACGAUAUGAACGCCUCCAUGGAUGUGUCACACUUAUUUGUAGAUAUGCUAUGA